CGAGUAUUAAUAAUUACUAUAUCUGCAUGCUUAACAGUACUUGAUUUAAUAUCACAAGUCUGUCUGCUUCGUUUCUUCCAUAUAUAUAGAGUUUCACACUUUCACUUAUGGCCUGUGGAGAGACUGAAAGGCAAAAUAAAAGUUUGUAAAAGUUCUAGAGGAAGAAAAUGGAGGCAAUAAGGAGAGGGUUGGUAUGGUUACUGGUUUUCAUGAUUCUGCAGAGGGGAGAGGCGCAAUUAUCUGAAAAUUUCUACAGCAAUACGUGUCCGAAUUUGGAAUCCAUAGUGAAACAGGAAGUGUCAACCAAGUUCAGCCAGACCUUCGUUACAAUCCCUGCAACUCUGCGCCUGUUUUUCCAUGACUGCUUUGUUGAGGGAUGUGACGCAUCAGUCAUGAUUUCAUCGCCAAAUGGGGAUGCGGAAAAGGAUGCUCAGGAUAAUCUCUCCCUUGCAGGAGAUGGAUUUGACACUGUAAUCAAGGCGAAGCAGGCAGUGGAAAGACAAUGCCCUGGAAUAGUCUCUUGUGCUGACAUUUUGGCUCUUGCUGCUAGAGAUGUUGUAGUCCUGGCUGGAGGUCCAUCAUGGGAAGUAGAAUUGGGACGUCGAGAUGGCCUCGUAUCGAAAGCAUCCAACGUAGCAGGAAAUCUACCUGAGCCUGACUUCAACCGUGUUCAACUUAACACCAUGUUUGCCAGACACAACCUUACCCAACUUGAUAUGAUUGCACUCUCAGGAGCUCACACUGUAGGCUUCUCUCACUGCAACCGCUUUGCAAAUCGGUUAUACUCAUUCUCUUCAUCUUCUCCUGUGGAUCCUACUCUGGACCCUAACUACGCACAAGAGCUGAUGCAAGCCUGCCCUCGAAACGUAGACCCCAGCAUUGCCAUCAACAUGGAUCCUGAAACCCCACAAACUUUUGACAAUGUGUACUACCAGAAUCUAGUUGCUGGGAAAGGCUUGUUCACUUCGGAUGAGGUGCUUUUCACUGAUCCUGCAUCUGAGCCUACUGUAAAUGAUUUCGCUACCAACCCUGGUAACUUUAAUGGAGCCUUUAUCACAGCAAUGAGGAAGCUUGGAAGGGUGGGAGUUAAGACUGGUAAAAAUGGAGAGAUAAGAAUAGACUGCACUGCCUUUAAUUCAUGAAAGGAGAAUGAAGUACGGGCCUAAAAAGGAGCAAUCAGUCACGAAAUAAAUGUGACCUGAAUUCUUUUCUGCUUUGUUUUUGUAUCUUCUGGUUUGGCAAAGGGAAUUUGAAGAAGAGGCCAGAAGGAGUUUCUCUCGUCAUCAAAGAAAUAAGUAUAUAAUCUUCGAAAAAGGAUUGCCCUGUAAUUAAUGUUUUUUUUUUUUGUUUCUGGUGCUCAUUAGUGCUUAUUCAGAUGCCAUUGUUUUGUAAAUCAUACAAUAAAUGGCAUUUUUGUGCCAUGCUAUCCUUCAAGGCUUUAACUUGUUUACUUGUUCUCUCAACAUAAAUAAACAUUAAUUUGUUCUC